CCCGCGCAGCCCGCUCAGUCAGUCGCCGGUCUUGCUGGCGGGCGGGCGGGCGGGCGGAGGCACCGGGCGGCCGGGCCGAGGAGGAGGAGGCGGAGCGCGGCGGUGGCGGCGCCAGGCGCAGAAGGGGCGCCCGGGGCAGGGCAGGGCGGAGCGGCGGCGGCUGGCGAAGGCGGCCGGGGGGGCACCUGAGGCGCGGCAGGGGCAACGCGGGAGGAGGGGCGCGCCAGGGGGAGGCAGGACGCGGGCAGCGAAAAAGCACUCCAGGGCGAGGCGUGUCGCUCCGUUUCCCGCCCGAGUCGGGGCUGGGGCGGCCCGGAGGGGCGGGGGUCGGUCAAAAGCGGCGGCGGCGGCAGGGCCAGUCGGGGGGCGGCAGGCAGAGCGGCGGCGGCGGCAAGUCAGGCGGGCGCCCUCAGGCAGGCAGCGGCUGAGGCCACUUUGGCGAGCGGCUGGUUCCCCUCGUGGGCGCCCCCUCCGCCGGCCGCGAUGAUGAUGAUGUCCCUCAACAGCAAGCAGCCCUUCGGCAUGGCCCACCCGGGCGGCGGCGGCGGGGGCAGCCUCCACGAGCCCAAGUACUCGGCGCUGCACUCGGCCUCGCCCUGCACCUCCUCGGCCGCCGCGCCCUCGGCCAGCUCGCCCAGCAGCACCAACGCCGGCAGCGGCGCCAGCGCACGGAGCAGCGCCCCCAACACCAGCGGCGCCCCCAGCAGCAGCACCAGCACCUCCGAGGCCCUGCGCCGCGCCUGCCUGCCCACCCCACCGAGCAACAUCUUCGGCGGUCUGGACGAGAGCCUGUUGGCCCGCGCCGAAGCCCUGGCCGCCGUGGACAUCGUCUCCCCCGGCAAGAACCACCACCACCACCACCCGCCGCACCACAGCCCCUUCAAGCCGGACGCCACCUACCACACCAUGAACACCAUCCCCUGCACCUCGGCCGCCUCCUCGUCCUCCGUGCCCAUCUCGCACCCGUCCGCCCUCUCCGGCUCCCACCACCACCACCACCACCAUCACCACCACCACCAGCCUCACCAGGCGCUGGAGGGGGAGCUCUUGGAACACAUCACCCCGGGGCUGGCGCUGGGCGCCAUGACGGGCCCCGACGGCUCGGUGGUCUCCACGCCGGGCCACGCUCCCCACAUGGCCAGCAUGAACCCUAUGCACCAGGCGGCUCUCAGCAUGGCGCACGCCCACGGGCUGCCUUCGCACAUGGGCUGCAUGAGCGACGUGGACGCCGACCCGCGCGACCUCGAAGCCUUCGCCGAGCGCUUCAAGCAGAGGAGGAUCAAGCUGGGGGUGACCCAAGCGGACGUGGGAUCCGCCCUGGCCAACCUCAAGAUCCCCGGGGUGGGAUCCCUAAGCCAAAGCACCAUCUGCAGAUUCGAGUCGCUCACUUUGUCCCACAACAACAUGAUCGCCCUGAAGCCCAUCUUGCAAGCCUGGCUGGAAGAGGCGGAGAAAUCACACCGGGAAAAGCUCACCAAGCCCGAGCUCUUCAACGGGGCGGAGAAGAAAAGGAAACGUACCUCCAUCGCGGCGCCCGAGAAGAGGUCUCUGGAAGCCUAUUUCGCCAUCCAGCCGCGCCCUUCCUCGGAAAAAAUAGCGGCCAUCGCGGAGAAACUGGACCUCAAAAAGAACGUGGUCCGGGUCUGGUUCUGCAACCAGAGACAAAAACAGAAGCGGAUGAAAUAUUCCGCGGGGAUUUAAAGCGUUUGGGGAUCCUGUCUGCUUUAAAGCAAACAAGCUCCUGACACUAAGAAUUACAAGACUUCUGGGAGAGAGAGAAAAAAAGGAAAGAACAGCGUUCAAAAUGACCGUCAGAGGUGAGACAUAUUCACAGACUGUGGAUGGGGAAGCCUCAAGUUUCAGAAAGUUGGCUGCCCUGAAGGCUCCUGCAUGAGCUGUUGCCCCAGACACAGACUGGUUUUGUGAAGGCAGUUAUGAAAUCUUUAUAGAGGACAGAAGAGUAUCAAGUAAGAGCUGUUUUUAUUCUUAAAGACAUCACCUUUAUUCAGAUGUAAGAGUACACUUUGCAGCUAUUUUUCAGAAAAGAAAUCAUAAACUAACUAGGGAUUGAAACUUUAAACUUAUAGUUGAAUACUGUUAAGUGAAGCAUCUCAAAAGUAUUUUGGUUUUUUAAAGAAAAAAGAUGGCAGGUUUUCUGGGAUUAAACUGCAUAUAAAUCUAUAUAUAUAUAUCUAUAUUUUUACUGUGGUUACUACCCUUUUCUUCUCUGAAGUGAUUACACUGAAGGAAAGAGCUGAUUUUGCUGUGUUCACAGAUCUUGAGAGCUAUUAUUAGAUUACUGCCAAACAACCCCCUGUAAAUUAUUAAUUUAUAUCUCUAAUAACUUCAUUUUGUGCCAAUCUGAAUUAAUUGCACCUCUUUCAUCAAAGUCUAGACAAAAGUAAAAGAAAAGUAUGGUUCUUGUAAAUUAAUUAUUUUGUGUUGGUGAGUACAGUUUAUGAACUUGAACUUUCCCCCUUCUUAAAACCCUCCCCACCAGAGAAAUCCUUGUUUUUGACCAUCUGUAUAUUGCCACCUGAAAUUGAACUAUUUCUCUAGCAAUUUUUCUUAUUUGUAAGGAGUUCUUGCUCUAUAGUGGCUGUCCUGCGUUGUUUGUGUAGACUGACUCACUUGUCCAAGGAGGUAGUUGUUGACUGGUUACAUAUUUAAUGGGGAUCCCCAGAUUGUCCCCACCACAUGCUACUUUAAGAAGAUGCACUUGAAUAGGUGACGGUGUGGUGGGCUUGUUGCUUUAGCAUUUCUUUAUUAAAAUAUUGUCUUUCCUAGAUUUUAACAGAAUUUCUCAUCUGUGUUCAGCUCUGCUACUUAGUCUUCAUUUUCUUUGACUGCUAUAGGUUUGCAUUAUUCUGGAGGUUUAUUUGUACAAAAGCCAAAAUUAUAUACUAGAGGGAAAGAGAAUGAGAGAAAGAGAGCGACCUGUGCAAGAGAGAUAGUGCACUGUUUGUAAAUCCACGUUGUUCGGUACAAUUCUUUUGGAACAACCCCCUCUACCCCUCCCCUCCAAGGUACUUAGAUUGCGGUACCGCUGUGUGUUGUAAAUAAUUCAUAAUUGACGCACAUAUAGUUAUAUUCUUACAGAUUUCGCUGUAUUGCUGUUUAUGUUCGAAGGCUAUUUGAAGCCUUACUUCUGUACAUUAUUAAAGCAAUUUCUUUGUUUUUGUUAAUAGAAA